AUUGAUCGUAAAACCAUACAAUUACUAGAGCUACUAGAUCAAUAUCAAAUCCUAGUUGAAAAACUCUCUUUGGGUUAUACCAAUGGGUUUCUCACGUUGAGUAGAGCUAAUUACAAUAGUGGUAUAACCAAAAAAUACGGUCCAGACUCCUUUGAUUAUAGACCUUAUAAUGCAUGUAAAACCAUCGAAGUAAACGGAGAUUUUAAAUUGAAUGAGUUACUACCAAAACCACAAAAGAAGAUAAAGAAGAAUGACAAAACAACUGAAGAUCCAAAUACUCUGAAAUCGUCAGACAUUCAAUUGAAAUCAAAUAAUGAUACCGGAUCCUUGAAAAAUCGACAUUUGAAAAAAAAAAUUGAAAAGGAGGAAACUACUGAAAUUGACAACGUUGAAGUACGUGAUCCAAUCUACCAAUUUGGUGGUUUAGUACCUUAUCAAUUGAGGCAAUCACAGGACUAUUUCAGUGCUGUUGUUAACGACUCUAUUCGCCUAGUAAAUUUAAAAAAUAAAAUUAAUCGAAUAGUCGAAGAAAUU